AUGACUUCUCAGACCUGGAAGGUGAUGGACGAGCGUUUGGACGAGGAAGCGCAACAAGCUCUCCUCGAGUCGGAGCUGGCGGACAUCGAGCUAUCGGAGCCCGAGGUUGAUGAGGAGUUCAGCCAGGAGAUCAAGGCGAUGAAGGCAGCGGACCGGCUAUGGGAUGAUGAUGAUUUACCGGCCGAAGAGCAGGCGAAGGCAGCAGCGGAGGAGGCGCCGUUGGAAGGAAACCAUGAGAUCCCGAUGGACCAUUUGUACUUCGUGAAGCCUCUCAAAAGCAAAGACGGCAAGGCGGUUAUGACGGCGAUCCAGGAGAUCAUCUUGCAGCUGAAGCAGGAGAACUUACCGGUGACGCAGGUCAACUCGGACCGAGCUCACGAAAUGAGGUCUCCGGCAUUGAGAGCGUGGAUGCUGGAUAAUGGCAUCUGGCUUACGAGGACAGAAGGCCAAGCACCUGAAAGCAGCGGCUCAGCAGAAAGAGCAGUGCGCUUUUUGAAGAGGCGCCUGGGAACGGCGCACUGGGACACCGCGAUGGAAGCCGCAGCUCAUCGUCAAUGCGAGGAAAGACUUCGGCCCGAAGACCCCCAACUACCAUGCCCUUGCGGCACCCGUGCGGCGAUCAAGAAGAAGAGGUACGGUGAUGGGGGAAGACAUGAUCUACUUCUUCACUGGAGAAAGGGGACCUGCAUGGGCCCAGUAUGGGAUUCCAAUGGUGGCUCUGCAGUUUUGGAAGAUGAGACCAACAGCUUCACGAUCACCACACAUCUUCGAGCUCGCCUACACGAUCCUGGAGCUUUGAAGCAUGAACAGGAAAUCAAUGAGGCAGACGGAAAAGGCUGCGAUUGGAGCCGAUGGCCGAGCGGUGAGAAGUUUAGAGAAGGCCAAUGUGGAGAAAACCCGGGCGACUUCAGUGAAGGAAGUUUAGACCUCCUGGCAAACGACCCGGCGCACAAAGUGAAGAGGCCACAGCUGGCGAAUGAGGACGCGGUCGGCGAGGCCAGCUACAGCUACUGUACGGUGGGAGCUUACAACUUUGGAGGCAAGUUCAGCAUCACGAAGUAUACCCAAGAAGCCCCACAGCUCACCGAGAAGGUCACUCAGCUGCGAAGGAUUGAUUUGCCAGAUGAGGUUUUUGCGUCGGCGACCAUCGUGAGGAAUGCGUCGAUGCCAACACACAAGGACUCCUUCAAUGAGCGGCAUUCUCACAAUUUGAUAUCGUCAAGUUCACCCUUUGACAGGAAGCUCACGGGCGACAUGCGGGAGGAGCUGUUCGAGAAUGGGUUUGUGCUUCCUGACGAAGCAAGGCUGAAGGCUUUGCAGGAGGAGGCUGAGCAGACUAAGCACAUGGAGUUCGAGGUAGACGAGGAUGAGCUCAUCGAGAGCUACGACAACAAAGACUCAGCCGUUGAAGUUGACGAGGACAUCGAGAGAUGUGCAAAGGCAGCGGCUGAGAACCUUUACGCGAGAGGAAUCGAAAAGGUCCUGGCCGAGUUGGAGGGCGACCUGAGGGUCGUGCAUACGGUGCACCCCGGCGAGGUGGAGGAGGCCAUCGAAGAGUGGAUUCCGGCCCUGAGCUCCGAAGUCAACACGCUAGAAUAUAUCAAGGCGGUCAAGCCACUACGAGGGCAAGCUGCUCGGGACUACAUGGGUGACAACGAGAUCAAGUACUCCGGGGGUGCGGUUGCAGAAGCAGUUCGGCUGGGCAUAGCUGAGGCGUCAAGCAAUCGGUGGAGCGCUUGCACAGGAGACAUUGUCAGCGCCUUCUUGAGGGCGGUGGUUCCCGAAGGAACCACGCUGGCGUUGAAACCGCCGGCGGCCUUGGUUAAGGCCGGCCUGGCGGAGGCAGGGGAGAUCUGGGUGGUCCAGACUGCUCUGUAUGGCCAAGCUGACGCUGAUGUGUGGCAGAUCAAAGGCCCCGAUCAUCAGUCCAUCGUGGGACUGAUGAUCGUGCACGUCGACGAUCUUUUCUCGGACGACGCCUACGCACGGAUGGCGACUUCUUGGGAGGUGACGCCGUGUCAGUAUGCGUCUCCAUCGACUUCGGUGUUCUUCCUCGGGAUGGAGAUCAAGCAGGAAGUGGACAAUGAGGGCAAGAUCACAGGCUACUCCCUCGGUCAGGAGGGGUACAUUGAGGAGGUCUUGCAUCAGCACAAUGCGGCCCCGACGGAGAAGUCCUUGCUACCUUCAGCAAAGGAAUGGAUGACGAUGGAUCCCAAAGGUUUCCCGACCACCUAUAGUCAGGAGCAACUUGUUGCAGCACAGUCUAUCACGGGGGCACUUGCAUACCUAAGUGCGACAAAGCAGUGGAAGCUCAUGUUCCAUUCUGGAAGCCGCCCGGAGCUGGUGACCUACGCAGACAGCAGCUACUCGCCCCGAAAGAAGCCACGGAGGAGCCGUGCGGUCGCUUGGAAGAGCAGCCGGCACUCACUGGUGACAACCAGCAGCGCGGAAACGGAGUUGCUGUCGGCAUCGGAAGGGGCGACUUUGACCUACGCGAUCGAUGCAGGGCUUUCAGAUGUGGGAGUGUUUCCGUCCUCCAAGGAGAUCCGUGUUGACAACUCAGCAGCCAUAACUUUGGCUUCUGAAGAAUGGCUGGGCCAGCAUUGA